UCUCAUCUCGAGUGCAACGACUCUCCUGCAAAUGGCGUUCCAAAACGCCAAAGCCAAUGAUAACCACAAGAACACCACCAACCCUUUCUUCAUAACCCCAAGACAGUGAAGGAGCACUCUUGGUUUCCUCCUCUCUCUCUCUCUCUCUCUCUCUCUCUCUCUCUCUCUUACUCGUAAAACACCAUGAAGAGAGGAGACGACAAUCGCCAUGAGACUCCGGCCGAGACCAAGGCCAAGCCGGAGCUGUACUUCUCGAGAGCUUUCCAGUCGGAGAUCGAAGAGGUGUUGGAGGAGAGAGAAAGCAUAGAAAUUGUAGAGAGGGAAAGUAAGGAUGACAUAUAUGUAGCAGUUGGAAAGAAGGAGUCGAGCUAUGAUGCUCUUAGGUGGGCAAUAAACUUUGUGGUCAAGCCAGGAUGCUUAGUAUAUCUUGUUCAUGUGUUCCCUCCAGUCAAUUAUAUACCAAGUCCAGUGGGAAGGAUUCCAAAGAGCCAAGUUGGUCCAGAAUAUCUGAAGGCCUAUAUGAAUGAAGAAAGUGUCAGGAGGAGAAGCCUUUUACAGAAGUACAUCAGCCUAUGCUCCAAAUCUAAGGUGAAGGUGGAUAUUAUGCUUAUAGAGAGCGAAAUAGUGGAGAAAGCCAUUGUAGAGCUCAUCCCAGUUCUCAACAUCAAAAGACUGGUCAUGGGGUCAAGGCGUUCCUCAAGGAGGCAAAGGAGGCAUGGCAAGGCUGAAUUGGUUCGGAAGAAUGCACCCGAAUACUGUGAAGUCACCGUCGUAAAUGCCGGAAAAGUCGUACCUGAAAACCAGGAAACCACUCCACCUUUCGCAAUUCCCUUAAAAGAGAAUGAGAGGAGCUCAUCAAAGGCAAGGCCCGAAUUCUCGCGCAAAAAUGAUCGCAACUUUUUCGAGUGCACUUGUUUUUCCGGCAAAUUUGUUCAGCCUUGAUUCUCUCACUACAGUGACUUCUUUUUUUUUCUUUUGUGAAUGUAACCAAAAAAUUCCCAUUAAAAGAAACCAAGUUACAAAAAUGCAAACUAAUUUACUGGAAGGAAGUAAUCACCAAUGAAGAUUGGUGUGUUCUUUUUGCAA